AGUAGCAGCAGCGCGAGGGAGAGAAACGAGAAAUAAAAGAAGGCCAGGAUCUUUUUGGGCGAUAAAAGAAGGCCAGGAUUAAUGCCAAGGCAAGAGAGUGAACCUUCCUUUCAUUAGCUUCCAAAUCCCUACCUCGGGCCAUUUGAUCGCGGAGAUCGAUGCCCUUCUAAUUUUUUAGGUCAAUUUCGGCGCAGAAGUCCCUUUUUAUUAGCGAUUUCUCGAAUUCUUUGGGCCAUCGGGCGGGAGGGGGGAAGGUUAAAGGGCUGGGAACUGGGGAGCUGGCGAUCGCUGUAGAGAAUUUUGUUGCUUGGAUUUGACGGCGUUUUCGAUGCUUUUCCUGUGAGACAGCCAUGACUCGUCCUUGCGCCUUCCAAGACGGAGAGGAGGAGGAGGUGUUCUUCGACCCGAGAGAAGACAUAUCGUCUGCGAGCGAUUCGUGCCCCAGCAGCCCGGCAGUCUAUGAUCCGUGUCCGGAAGGAAAUCUCGAUGGGCCCCCGACCGACCCUUGGUACCAGGUCUGGAUCAAGAAUCCUGAUAGCAUACAGGAGCGGCGAGAUAGGUUCAUGAGAUGGAUGGGUCUGGAUCUGGUUCACAGUCCCCGUCGAGACUCCGCCGAUCAUGGCCAGGAACUCAAGGUGGGCAGUGAAGUUAUGCCGGAAGUCGAUAGAAUUACGUUGGGUGGGGGAGCGGUGCUGAGGUGCUCUGGUUCGGAAUAUGAGUCUUCUUCGGUGCCUAGCUGGUCCAGUGAGGGCCCAAGUGCAUCCCAUGAUGGGACCUCGGAGGAGAAGUCCAAGUACAGAAUUAAGAAUUUGGAUGAUGGCAUGAUGUUUGUCGUGGAUGAGUUGGGUAAAGAUGGUAGCUUGAGAAGCCUUCGUGAAGUUGGUUCAAAUAGGAUCGUAACGCUCCACGAGUUCGAGAGAAGCUUUGGUCCACCGUCUUUCAUCCAGCAGCUUAUGCGGCGAGAGGACAAUGCAUUGAGCAGUUCCAACAAGACGAUGAGGAGGAGAAGGAUUGGGUGGUUGCAGAGAUUGGGCUCUGUGGCUUGCAUUGUAGAUAGGCAAAUGGAGGAGAACAAUUUAUGUAGCUCUGGUUCGGAGCAGACUGGUUGUGCUAGGAUUCAGAGAGUUAAAGUCCGUCCAUAUAGGAAGCGAUCAAAGGAACUAUCGGCAGUCUACAAGGGUGAAGACAUCAAAGCCCAUGAUGGUGCAAUCUUGACCAUGAAAUUUAGCCCUGAUGGCCAGUUCUUAGCCAGUGGAGGUGAAGACGGAGUCGUGCGUGUGUGGCGUGUGAUGGAAUGCGAACGAAAUGAGGAAAGUGACUUUCCUGAGGAUGAUCCCUCAUGCUUAUAUUUUACAGUGAACCAUAAUUCCGAAUUAGCUCCCCUGUAUGCUGAUAAGGAGAGAAAGGCUAAGUUGAGGAGCAUGAGGAGGACUUCAGACUCAGCUUGUGUUCUCAUUCCUCCAGAGGUUUUUCGGAUAUCUGAUAAGCCACUGCAUGAGUUUCAUGGACAUGAUGGUGAUGUGUUGGAUCUUUCUUGGUCCAAAAAUAAUAAGUAUCUGCUGUCAUCAUCCAUAGACAAAACUGUCCACCUGUGGCAAGUUGGAUGCAAUAGCUGCCUCAAAGUUUUUUGCCACAGCAAUUAUGUGACAUGUGUUCAAUUUAAUCCUGUCAACGAGGAUUAUUUCAUCAGUGGCUCUAUAGAUGGAAAAGUUCGUAUCUGGGAAAUUCCAGGAUGUCAUGUAGUGGAUUGGACUGAUACUAGAGAAAUAGUCACUGCUGUCUGUUACCGACCAGGUGGGAAGGGAGUAGUAGUUGGCACCUUGACAGGAGAUUGUCGCUUCUAUGAUGCAUCAGAUAAUAAUCUACAACUAGAGGUUCAGAUCCCCCUACUCGGUAAAAGGAAGCCUCCUUUCAAGAGGAUAACAGGCUUUCAGUUUUGCCCAAGUGAUCAUCAAAAACUACUGGUUGCUUCUGCUGACUCACAAAUUCGAAUUCUUGAUGGGAUUGAUGUCGUCUCCAAAUACAAAGGUCCGCGGAAUGCUGGAAGUCAGAUAUCCGCAUCAUUCACUGCAGAUGGGCGGCAUAUCAUUUCUGCCUGCGAGGACUCUAAUGUCUAUGUAUGGGACCACGCUAACCAGGAAGUGCCGUUCUCCAACCACUUGAAGAGUACAUGGUCUUGCGAGCGCUUCUUCUCCGACAAUGUAUCUAUUGCAAUACCUUGGCAUGGCCUGGGAUGUAGAAAUCCAGUCUCUGUCACUUCCGAGGUUCUCCCCUCGCAAGAAGACGUCUUCCUGGACCAAGCUGGAACUACAGAUGACAGUUCCCAUCAUGGUGAAGAUUCUUUUGGCAACAACACACUCUCUCUGUCGCCUUCUGGUAGCUUCACUCUAAGCCAUGAGUUCAUCUCAGAGUUUCUUCCCAAGGGCUCGGCUACAUGGCCUGAGGAAAAGCUUCCCUCGAGCUCCACAACAGCAUCUGCCUUGUGUAAAUCCCAGUACAAGUUCCUAAAAUCCUCUUGCCAGGGCACCUCCCAUGCAUGGGGUCAAGUUAUAGUAACUGCUGGAUUGGAUGGGAGGAUCAGGUCGUUCCAGAAUUACGGUCUGCCAGUACGGUUGUAAUACGAUGUAGGCUUUGCACCAUGGGUCUCAAUCCUAUCAUUUGGCUUGGCCGCAUGCUCGUAACAGAAGCUUUUUGUGGCAACCCCAGUGCACGGAGGCUGGGUUUUGGCUAAAGGGGAUGCCGCUGGUCCAGUUUGGAGUUGCACCGUACGAAGCCUCACAUGCUCGGUGUUCCUGCCGAAUAGUGCGUGGGCCAGAGUUUAUGCAUUUGAGUGGUCCUUCAAUAGCUCGUCAGCAUCGACAGAUGAUGGCAGGCCCCGGAGGCUUGAGUUCUUUGGAGAUUUGUGCAUUUGGCGUUUCCUUUUCUUUCAGCUUUGGGACCCAUCCGGGGUUUCGGAGAUAUAUACCGCAAACAAAUUUAAAGACAGAAGUGGCUUGUAAAGCUUGCCUAUCGCCUUAAGCAGCAAGUGGCAAAGAGAGGGGGGCUUGUGGGACCGGAUAAAUUGUAUUGCCGGAUAGACAAAUUCCAUUUAAUUGUACAGAUUCUUUCGUUUAUUCAUGCGUGGAUGUCCAUGGUGGCCUGCUAAGGAAAAAAAGAAAAAAAGGACUCUUCUGUGUGAAGUUUGUGUUUGUGUGGUGGGAUAGCUUAUUCAAGUGCUUGAUGUGGGGAUGAGCUGAAGCUGUAGGUGGUGGUUUUCUUUAGGCGGCCUGAGUUUUGGACUCUAGGUGCUUUUCUGAUGCUUUUGGGUCCCUGUAAUGUAGCUUUUGUCACCGUUGGAUGUUGUGAUGGAGGUAUAUACCUGAGAUCUACAACGUCUGGUGGAUUCUGGGUGGGGUCUUGGUGACUCGGGAGGUGAGAUAGGAUGAUGGUUGGUACGCUGGAAGGACUGCGAAAGUGAAGGGAUUGGCGCCAAUCUCAACCUCCACGGCUCUAUCCAGCCGAGACAGGGAACGUCCAACAGUGUGGCAUUCUAAAUGAGUUAUUAUGAGAAACUAGGACAUGAAACAAGGCAAUCUAUUUCUUAAAA